AGCGGCAGAGCCCUCGGAACUGCUGCUGCUGCACAAUUUGCCCCGAGCCAUCGCUGGGAGCCGCUGGCACCCUCCCUGGCAGGGGCUGCGGGGUCUGCCGGGAAGGCGAGGCCGCGAUGGCGACGCUGCUGGAGCCCGGCGUGCGCAGCCAGCGAGUGGGUGCCGACGGGGAGCAGUGCCCCACGCCGUCCCCCCCCGGCUCCCCGGGGACGCACCACGACAGCUGCAGCAUCGCCCCGCUGACGCCCUCCCAGUCCCCGAGGAGCGAGGCGCGCGCCCUGCAGAGCCCCUCCUUCGCCGUGGUGGUGGCCAUCGAUUUCGGCACCACGUCCAGCGGCUACGCCUUCAGCUUCUGCAGCGACCCCGAGGCCAUCCACAUGAUGAGGAAAUGGGAAGGAGGGGACCCGGGGGUGGCCAACCAGAAGACCCCCACCAGCCUGCUGCUGACGCCGGAGGGCGGCUUCCACAGCUUCGGCUACACCGCCAGGGACUACUACCACGACCUCGACCCCGAGGAGGCCCGCGACUGGCUCUACUUCGAGAAGUUUAAGAUGAAAAUCCACAGCACCAGCGACCUCACCAUGAAAACCGAGCUGGAAGCUGUGAACGGGCAGAAAAUGCCAGCCCUGGAGGUGUUCGCCCACGCGCUCCGCUUCUUCAAGCAGCACGCCGUGCAGGAGCUGCAGGAGCAGUGCCCGGCGCUGCCGGAGCAGGGUGCCGUGCGCUGGGUGAUCACCGUGCCCGCCAUCUGGAAGCAGCCGGCCAAGCAGUUCAUGCGGGAGGCUGCCUACAAGGCCGGGCUGGUGUCCCCAGAGAGCCCGGAGCAGCUGCUGAUCGCGCUGGAGCCCGAGGCCGCCUCCAUCUACUGCAGGAAGCUGCGGCUGCACCAGCUGGUGGAGCUGAGCUGCAGGGCCCCCCCCAACGGGCUGGGCCCCCACCGCGACAUCGACUCCAGCUUCAGGCAGGCCCGUGAGCAGCUGCGGCGGUCCCGGCACAGCCGAACCUUCCUGGUGGAGUCGGGCGUCGGGGAGCUGUGGGCCGAGAUGCAGGCGGGUGACCGGUACAUCGUGGCGGACUGCGGCGGGGGCACCGUGGACCUGACCGUGCACCAGAUCGAGAAGCCGCAGGGGACCCUCAAGGAGCUCUACAAAGCCUCGGGGGGUCCGUACGGCGCCGUGGGGGUGGACCUGGCCUUCGAGCGGCUGCUGUGUCACAUCUUUGGGGACGAUUUCAUCGCCACCUUCAAGGCCAAGCGCCCGGCCGCCUGGGUGGACCUCACCAUCGCCUUCGAGGCGCGCAAGCGAGCAGCGGCCCCAUCCCGCGCCAGCCCCCUCAACAUCUCCCUGCCCUUCUCCUUCAUCGACUUCUACCGCAAGCACCGGGGCCAGAACGUGGAGACGGCGCUCAAAAAGAGCAACGUGAAUUUCGUCAAGUGGUCGUCGCAGGGGAUGCUGCGCAUGUCCCCGGAGGCCAUGAGCGAGCUCUUCCAGCCCACCAUCACCCAGAUCAUCAACCACAUCGACGCCCUCCUGAAGAAGCCCGAGGUGCAAGGCAUCAAAUUCCUCUUCCUGGUGGGGGGCUUCGCCGAGUCGCCCAUGCUGCAGCACGCCGUGCAGGCCGCCUUCGGCGCCGCGUGCCGCGUGGUCAUCCCGCAGGACGUGGGGCUCACCAUCCUGAAGGGCGCCGUGCUCUUCGGCCUCGACCCCACCAUCGUCCGCGUGCGGCGCUCCCCCCUCACCUACGGCGUGGGGGUGCUCAAUAAGUUCGUGGAGGGCAAGCACCCGCGGGAGAAGCUGCUGGUGAAGGAAGGCAAGAACUGGUGCACCGACAUCUUCGAGAAAUUCGUCUCCGUCGAUCAGUCGGUGGCGCUGGGGGAGGUGGUGCAGCGCAGCUACUGCCCGGCGCGCCCCGGCCAGCGCAAAACCAUCAUCAACAUCUACUGCAGCGCCGCGGACGACGUGGUUUACAUCACCGACCCCGGCGUGCGAAAGUGCGGCACCGUCAGCCUGGAGCUGCCGCAGCUUGGGGAGGGGGGGGGACACGACGGUGACACCGGUUCCCCCGCUGCCCGCCGCGAAAUCCGCGCCGCCAUGCAGUUUGGGGACACGGAGAUCAAGGUGACGGCCGUGGACAUGAGCACCUCCAAGACGGUGCGGGCCACCAUCGAUUUCCUCUCCAACUGAUGCGCCCAGCUCGGUGGGGCUGAGCAGGGGGCACCCUGGGGGGGGCAAGACCCAAGCGCUCCCCCCUCGCCGUGCCAAGAGGUCACCGUCACCCCGCGGGGCGCCCCGAUGCUGAGAAUCGCUCCCCAAAAAAAAAAAGGGCUGAGGGGCUGAAUUCAGAAGGCAUAAAGCCAGCCCUGGCACGGCCCCCAGCACCCAGGGAGGGGUCUGGGGCUGCCCCCCCCCGCUGCUGGAGCCCAAAUUUCUGUAUUUUUACUGCUCCUCGCUGCGGGUGCCACGCUGAGCCCCGGGGACGCAGCGUGCGGGAAGGAGCCCCGCACCCAGCCUGGGGCUGCCUGGAAAUGCAUCGCCCCCCCCCCCCGCCACCCCCCCCCUCAUCCCCUGGCUGCCCACACACCAACAAACACAUCCUCACCCCCCCCGGGAGUCUGAGGGCUGCAGGGAAAGGGGGGGCACCCCCCCUCCACCCCCCCUCUGUGGGUUUUAAUCGUAUUUAGGAGAGAAAAUUGCCCGUGAGGGGGGAAGGAGCGCGGGGGGGGGGCGCAGACAGGCUGAGCUCUGGCACGGUUAAACUGACAUUUAUUAGUUACCUCUAUAGAUACUAUUUUUUCUUUUUUUGUACUUAAAAACCCGCCCGCACGCGGCCAUGUAUGUAUAUA